GUGAUGCAGCAAUACCAAUGCUCUUUUGAGUUCAACGACAAAUUCUUACAAACUCUGUUUGAGAAUGCGUACAGUUCAAAAUACGGUAAGGUGUUUAAAUAUCGUAAGAAACGCAACCUGGACUAACUUUAUUUUAUAUGCUGGAUAGCUCUAUCAGUUCUGAACUGUUCUGGUUCUCCCUAGAGGUCCAGUAAGGAUUAUCUCUUGUUGAUCCAGUGUUACUACAGGAGGAAACCUAAACUAAACUAAUUUUAUUUUAUAUGUUGGAUAGCUGUAUCAGUUCUAAACUGUUCUCCCUAGAGAUCCAGUAAGGUUCAUCUCGUAUUCAUCCAGUGUUACUACAGGCAGAAACCUAAACUAAGACUAACUUUAUUUUAUAUGCUGGAUAGCUCUAUCAGUUCUGAACUGUUCUGGUUCUCCCUAGAGGUCCAGUAAGGAUUAUCUCUUGUUGAUCCAGUGUUACUACAGGAGGAAACCUAAACUAAACUAAUUUUAUUUUAUAUGUUGGAUAGCUGUAUCAGUUCUAAACUGUUCUCCCUAGAGAUCCAGUAAGGUUCAUCUCGUAUUGAUCCAGUGUUACUACAGGAGGAAACCUAAACUAAACUAAUUUUAUUUAUGCUAGAUACUGUAUCUCUAUCAGUUCUAAACUGUUGUGUACUGACUAUGUACAUUAUACAGCAUACUUUGCCAUCUAUAAAGUAUUUUCUAUCCAACACAGGUACUUUUCUUGGUAAUUGCGAAUAUGAUAGAGAGAAACAUGGCGUUCGUAAAAAGACAGUUAGUUUAUGGUGAGGCCUUUAUAUAUUUUUACAAUCUAAUACACAAGAAGGAGGAGAGGAGGGGACUCAUUUGAUAGACAGACUCGUCUGAGGGGUGCACCCCUUUCUGGACCACAAUACAAAUAGCAAAUUAACGUUGGCCCAGGAUUUUUACCAAGUUUGUUUGUGUGUUAAAAUAUAUUAAAGAAGCAGUCCCUGCCUCUCCCAAAACACUUUCUAAAUUUCUAGCUAUUGUUCUUCGCGCAUGUUUCCGUAACAAGCCUUUUAGUGGGGGCGGGGGGGGGGGUAUGCAAAUCAUCUUUACUUGCCGCUGAAAGCUGUUGUGAAGGACGCAGCUCAACCUGGUCGAGUCGAAGGCUUUCUAAGGGCGUCUCUGGCACCGCCUUAUGAUUCAUGUCUGAUCGCGGAGCACACCUGCGGUGGAAGGGUCAGUUAGGGGGCUAAUCCCAACCCACCCUGUCAACAUUCCCUGUGGGUUUUCACGUGAAUCUCUUGGGUCCACAACGGGAAUCGAACCCACGAUCUCAGUGGUGAAAGGCAGUUGCUCUCAUAAUUUGUCAUUCUGUUUAGGAAUUGGCUGAAUGAUCCUGAUAUAUUGAAACCGAUGUUGAAUCCAGUUUAUGCUCUGAACACAUCUGUACUCAGACCUUCGUCCGCUUCGCAAACAUUG